AUGAAAGUGAAACGAGUCAAGCGUGCAGCGAAAAUUUUGAACUUCUUCAAGUACAACUAUAAGCUUUUUCCGCCACUGAGAAUUUUGGUCGAUGGAACUUUUUGCCUUGCAGCUCUGAAAGAUAAAAUCAAUCUUCGUGAGCAGAUGUCAAAAUAUGUUGGCGCCGAUUGUCAGAUAUUAACGACGAAAUGCGUUCUAAAAGAGUUGGAACUGAUUGGCGAGGCCGUAUAUGGUGCCCAAGUCAUCUGUAAACAAUUUGCGCUAGCUGGUUGUCCACACACUCCUUGUCGUUCAGCUGCUGAAUGUUUGGCACAUUUGGCUAGGAAAAUGAAUAGACGUGGUGAAAAGUUCAUUUUUGGAACACAGGAUGAUGCUCUACGGGAAAAGUUGCGUGGUUAUCCGGGUGUACCUCAUAUGUUUAUUAAAUUUAAUACUAUUCUUCUGGAUGAUGUGUCUGAAGCAAGUAAGAGUGCUGUUUUGCCGGAGAAUGCAGAGAUAAACGAAGUACGAGAGUUAAAAACUUCAUUGUUUGAUAAGAAUAAGAUCAUGAAAAAGCCGAAAGGGCCAAAGGGUAUAAAUCCUUUGAGUUGCAAGAAGAAGAAAACUACAAAGUUGACUGCACAAAGAAAUCAACAAUCUGUAAACGGCGAAAAGAAAAAGCGAAGGCGCAAAAAAGCCAGUGCUAAGGAAGUGCCUAGC